UAUGGAUUAGAAUCAAGUAUAAAUUGAGAGACAAAAUCAGAUUUAGGACAUAGUUUUCUUAAAUCUAUAGCAGAAGAAACAAAUAAUUUAUUUUCAAAAUGAUCAAGAAUUUAGUGCUGGUAGCUUUUGUAGUGCUUGCAACUACAUCAACUGGUGUUUUUGGUUCAAUUGGCUGUUAUCUUUGUAAUUCCUACAACGAUGCCAAUAAGUUAGCAUGUAUAGAUCCAAUGUCUGCCACAGUCAACAUUACUACAUGUGCUAACAACUACGUUUGUACAAGGGUCUCUUAUGUAACACAAAAAGUUUUUGUGACAUCAAGAGGCUGUGAUCUGUCUGGAGAUACCUGCAACAAUAUCUACAAAACUUUAGUAGCCUACUAUCCUGAUCUGUCCACAUUUAACUGUUAUUAUUGUACAACGAAUUACUGCAAUAGUCUGUCUGGACUCGAAAUCCAAAAACAACUGGAAGCUGCGGAAUCUGACAAAAUAAUAAUUCCAAAGAAUAUUGUUUAGUUUCGUAAAGUAUCUUUUUUACUUUUUAAUAAACUUUCUUUUUUAAUA